CCCGCAGCGCUUGCCGUAGACAGUGUGGUCGUUGUGGGCUGCGGUGCGUCAUGGUGCUGCUGGUGCUCGUGUACGCGGCCGCGCUGGCCGUGAUGGCCCACGGGUCCGGGUCUGGGUCCGUGACCAUCCCCCGGCCCGAGGAGGCGGCUCGCAUGGCUCGCUUCGUGCUGCACAACUGCGAUUGGGGCGCGCUGGCCACGCUCUCCACGCAAGAAGGGCUGCGGGGCCGCCCGUUCGCCAACAUCUUCUCCAUCAGCGACGGAGCCCCGGGGCCUGGAGGAGGCAGCGGCGUCCCGUACCUGUACCUGACCGACAUGGAGAUCUCCGUGCAGGACCUGGAGAUCAAUUCGAAUGCCUCUCUGACCGUGUCUUUGGCACAGACUCCGUACUGCAAGAAGCACAGAUAUGACCCCCAGAAUCCCCUCUGCGCCCACAUAAUCUUCUGUGGGAGCAUCGUAAAGGUGAAUGAUUCAGAAGCAGCCUUGGCGAAAAAGGCAUUAUUCACUCGGCACCCUGAGAUGGAAGAUUGGCCUAAGGAUCACAACUGGUUCUUUGCCAAAUUCAACAUCACCAAUAUUUGGGUUCUAGACUACUUCGGUGGGCUGAAAAUCGUGACACCGGAAGAAUAUUACCAUGUCAAGCCGUAGCAGAGGAAGAUCCUUGGUGAUGCUGAUGUUAGGAAUGGAUUACUUCAGAUGAUUGCUCUGUGAAAGGUUUUCUGUGUGUAAUAGAGCCGAGUUGAUAAUGCAAAAAAUUCUUACACCUUGCAUUGCUAAUAAGCUCAUGUAAUCCUUCUGAAGUACAUGCAAAUUCACACUAACAUAGAUUGAAUCAUGCCAUACACAAAAUCCUUUGUGUGUAAACCAUAACUAAAUCUUGUUCAGUAGACAGAAAUCUGGAGUGUUUUAGUCUCUUAAUAGUCCACGUUUGGAAACGCUGUGUUUACUAGAAAGUGAAGGAUUAGUCUGGUUCUAAACUUUCAGUGCCUUAGUUAAAUUAUUUCUGUCUGUAGGCACUCUCCAAUUCUUUUUAAUACAACUUCAUUUGUCAGUGGUAUUAAAAAUACCUCUUUAUCUGGCACAGCACUACAGGAUGGCUCAGCUGACUGGAAAGCCUUGCUUAUGUUGCAAUGACAGAUGAUAUAUUGAGUGUUGAAUGUUUUUUUCAAUGCCUGUACACUCACAGUUUGAGCUGUUUUUCUGUUUUGCUACCAUGAUUGGGUUUAUGGAAAUUAUAUGUGUUCUCCAGGCUCGUGAUGAGUUCUUGGUAAGUCUUGUCUAGUAGUGAUUAUAUGCCCUGGUUCUUUUAAAGAAGUAAUAGUAGUAAUGAAAGCACCUGAGUGGUAUAUGAAGAAUAGUGGCUUGUAAAUCCAAUGAGACUGAUACAAAAAGAAGUUGUUUACUGACUUGAAUUUUGAAAUCUUUGGCUUUGCAUUCUGAUCAAAUGACAAUGUAGCAGCCUUUACUACUAUCAGUAGUAGAAUUUUGUAGAUUUCUUUGUUUCAGAAGCCUAACACAGCAAUUUUAGGGCUGUAAUCUGAGAGUGAGAAAGAAACCAAUACAGUCUGCAUCGACAAAGUGUGAUUCAUCAACGGUAGAAAACAAAGUGUUGAAAGUUAAUUCUGUUUCAUAAAAUAAGCCCUACACAACCAUGGAAAAGAACUGAGCAUCUUUUUAUGUCCUGUCACAUCUCCUAAGUGCAAAGUUCAAAAAUAUUAAAAAGUGAUUACGAACAAUCAAUUGGAUUUUCCCCCAGACAAAUAUUACCUGCUCAGCAUAGUGAAAAUGUGAAAACUUAGAAUCCUUAGAGGCAGAUCCACAUAUUAGAAUAGUGAAAUUGAUCACUACCAAUUAUCUCUACGUAGUUAUUGCAUUAUUAUACUACUGCUCAUCUUGUAUGGGAAAGAUUUAUGAAAGCACUUUUGAAGUAAGUUAUUAAGUUUUCCUCCUAUGUGAAGGGAAAAAAGUGUGCAAUUUACUGUACUGAACACCUUGUGUGCUGUAAAAAAUACUUGAGAUAUGGAAACAAUUUAUGACAAGUAGUUAACAUUAAAAUUAAAUGGGAUGAUGGAAUUAUUUUUAUAUAAGGCAUAACAAAUUGUGAAAAUUCAAAUGAUUUUAUGGUAUGGACUGAUCUUGUUACCUAUCACUCCAUAACUUCUGUUUUGUGAGACUGACGAUGCUGGGCUUUUGAUAAAAUAAAAUUAUUUUUGUGAAACA